AUGGCGGUGAAAGGGGCUGCGGCAGGUACCGGAAUGUUGUUAGUAACAGCCAACGUUGGAUCCCUCUUUGAUGAUAUUGUACAUACACACAAGCCACACUUCAUGGCUUUACAUUGUCAAGAGUUUGGUGGAAAAAACUAUGAAGCUUCCAUGUCUCAUGUGGACAAGUUUGUUAAAGAAUUGUUAUCAAGUGAUGCAAUGAAAGACUAUAACAGAGCCCGGGUUUACCUGGAUGAGAACUACAAGUCACAGGAACAUUUUACGGCUCUAGGAAGCUUUUACUUCCUUCAUGAAUCCUUGAAAAACAUCUACCAGUUUGAUUUUAAAGCCAAGAAGUAUAAAAAGGUUACUGGCAAAGAAAUCUACUCAGAUACAUUAGAAAGCACACCCAUGCUGGAAAAAGAGAAGUUUCCACAGGAUUAUUUCCCUGAGUGUAAAUGGUCCAGAAAAGGCUUCAUUCGCACAAGAUGGUGUAUUACUGAUUGUGCCUUUGACUUGGUAAACAUUCAUCUUUUCCAUGAUGCUUCCAAUUUAAUUGCUUGGGAAACAAGCCCAUCGGUUUACUCAGGAAUACGACAUAAGGCUCUUGGUUAUGUACUUGAUAGAAUUAGAGAUCAGCGGUUUGAGAAGGUUUCAUAUUUUGUGUUUGGAGAUUUCAACUUUCGACUGGAUUCCAAAUCAGUAGUAGAGACACUUUGUACAAAGGCUACAAUGCAGACUAUCCGAGCAGCUGACACCAAUGAAGUAGUCAAGCUAAUAUUCCGUGAAUCUGAUAAUGACCGAAAGGUUAUGUUACAGUUAGAAAAGAAGCUCUUUGACUAUUUUAAUCAAGAUGUUUUUAGAGACAACAAUGGCACUGCGUACAGCUUUAUCUGCUGA